AUGGCUUUCCGCCAACUCGCCCGCACGCAGAUCCUUGCGCGUCCCACCAUCGCCCCUCGCGCCCUAGCACUCGCUGCGCGCCCAUCAGUGCAGUAUGUCGCCCGUCGCGCGUACGCCGCCACUGUCGCACCCCCGCCACCGGGUAAGCCCGAGGCCGGUCCCCAGAAGGUCAAGAAGUCGGGUUUCCGGCGCGCGUGGACUCUGGUUAGCCGUGGGGCGAUUCUAGCUGCGAUUGGUGCUGUCUGCACAUUCGUCUAUGUGACGCAGACUGAGACGAACCCGGGAGACCAGCUCCCCCAAGACCCCACCAAGAAGACGCUCGUCGUCCUCGGCUCUGGAUGGGGAGCAACGUCGUUCCUCAAGCAUCUCGACACUGAAGAGUUCAACGUUAUCGUCAUCUCCCCUCGCAACUACUUCCUCUUCACCCCCCUCCUUCCCUCCGUGACCGUUGGCACCCUCGAGGCGCGCUCCCUCAUCCAGCCCACUCGCUUCAUCACUCGUCACAAGAAGCGCAAUGUCCUCGUCUACGAGGCCCAGGGCCAGGACGUUGACCCUGUCAACAAGACGGUCACGUUCUCUGACAACUCGGAGAUUCAGGGCGCGGCGUCCACUGUGACCAUUGCCUACGACUACCUCGUCUACGCUGUUGGUUGCGAGAACCAGACCUUUGGCAUCAAGGGCGUUGCCGACCACGCCUGCUUCCUCAAGGAGCUCAGUGACGCUGACAAGAUCCGUCAGCGCCUCAUGGACUGCAUUGAGACUGCCGCCUUCCCCGGACAGACCGAGGAGGAGAUCAACCGCCUCAUGCACAUGGUCGUUGUCGGCGGUGGCCCCACCGGUGUCGAGUAUGCCGGUGAGCUCCACGACUUCCUCAUCGACGACCUUCGCAAGUGGUACCCCGAGAUUGCCGACAAGCUUCGCAUCACCCUCAUUGAGGCUCUCCCCAACGUGCUCCCCGCUUUCUCCAAGGAGCUGAUCCGUUACACCGAGUCGACGUUCAAGGAGAACGAGAUCGAGGUCCUCACCCGUACCAUGGUCAAGGACGUCGGUGCCAAGUCGGUCCUCGUCCAGGACGCCAACAAGGAGGAGCGCGAGAUCCCGUACGGCCUCCUUGUCUGGGCUACCGGUAACACUUCGCGUCCCAUCACUCGCAACCUCCUCGCCAAGCUGCCCAACAUCCAGACUCAGCGCCGCGGAAUCGUCGUCGACGACUACCUCUCCAUGCUCGGUGCCGACGGCGUCUUCGCCAUUGGUGACUGCACUGCCACCCAGUACGCCCCCACCGCGCAGGUCGCGUCCCAGCAAGGCCAGUACCUUGCGCAGGUGUUUGGUCGCAUCGGCCUCAAGUCCAAGUACGAGAGGAAGCUGGCCAAGCUCCGCGAGUCUGGCGAUGCCUCUCCCGAGAAGCUCGAGAAUGUUGUCAAGAAGCUGAACCGUGUAUCCAAGCUUACGCCCUUCCACUACUCGCACCAGGGUUCGCUCGCCUACAUUGGAUCGGAGAAGGCCAUUGCCGACUUGCCUCUGUUCAACGGAAACGUGGCGUCGGGCGGUGGCGCGGCGAUGCUCUUCUGGCGCUCGGCAUACGUUUCGACCCUGUACUCUGUGCGCAACCGCACGUUGGUUUUGGCCGACUGGAUGAAGGUCAAGCUGUUUGGCCGUGACGUUUCGCGCGAGUAA